CAAGCUCGCCGCGCUCCCGACAGUAGUAAUUUGCGCGGCCCGUUUGCCGCUAACGGAGCUGGCUAGCUGAAAGGACUCGGAAUUCUGUUGUCGGUGACACAAAUCCAAGUCCAUCUGUGGUUGUAAACAGACUGGACGGUGCAUUAUUGAGGCGGCGAGCCCUUGGUCGAGAGUCUACAUGCUAAAUAUGUGGAAAGUCCGAGAACUGGUGGAUAAAGCCACUAAUGUGGUGAUGAACUACUCUGAGAUCGAGUCCAAGGUGCGAGAGGCCACCAACGAUGACUCCUGGGGUCCCUCUGGACAGCUCAUGGGAGAGAUCGCCAAAUCCACGUUCAUGUACGAGCAGUUCCCCGAGGUCAUGAACAUGCUGUGGACCAGAAUGCUGAAAGACAACAAGAAGAACUGGAGGAGAGUUUACAAGGCCUUACUACUACUUGCAUACCUCAUCAGGAACGGAUCGGAGCGAGUUGUCACCAGUGCGAGGGAACACAUCUAUGACCUUCGCUCCUUGGAAAACUACCAUUUUGUCGAUGAGAGUGGGAAGGACCAGGGCAUCAACGUGCGUCAGAAGGUGAAGGAGAUGGUGGAGUUUGUCCAGGAUGACGACCGGCUCCGGGAGGAGAGGAAGAAAGCCAAGAAGAACAAGGACAAGUACAUUGGCGUGUCCUCAGACAGCACUGGAGGAGGAUUCGGCAAGACCAGCCCGGGAGAAAUGUUUGACUCGGAGCCCAAAGGGAAGUGGGAUGAGGACUGGGACAAGAGCAAAGGAGCCUUCCCCUUCAGCGAGAAGCUGGGAGAGAUCAGCGACAAGAUCGGCAGCACCAUCGACGACACCAUUAACAAGUUCCGCAAGAAGGAGAGGGAUGACUCGCCUGACAGAAUCAGUGACAACGAGGAGGACAGGGUAUCGCGGAACGGCCGGCCGUUGUCCGGGUCGGGGAGUCUGUCGGGGGUGGAGUUCAAAGACGAGGAGGAGACUGUUACCACCAAGAGCAUCCAGAUCACCCAGGCAACAGAGACCACCACCACCACCACACGCAAACGGGGCGGCGUCCCAUCCAAAACCGUGGACCUGGGGGCCGCCGCACACUACACAGGGGACAGGAGCAGUCUGGACGCAGACGACGCAAAGACGUCGGUCAGCCAGACUUCAAGCAGUGGCCUUGCAGACCUUCUGAUGGUGGACUCUGGGUCCAUUCAGGUGGCACCAGCAGGUGGAAGUUCAGACCUCAUCGGUGGCUUUGCUGACUUCUCCUCCCCAGCUGCCUCAGCCAGUCUCCCUUCAUCAGCCGGGCCAGGGUCCAAUGGGAACGGUGAGUUUGGGGACUGGAAUGCGUUCUCCAGUUCUCUGGCCACCACCACCACUCCGUCUCAGCCAAUCACAGACCUGUUUGGUAGCAUCCAGCCUCCCCCAGCCUCGGCCCCCACCCCGCCAUCAGCUGAGCUCUUUGACCUAAUGGGCUCCAAUCGCACCUCCCUCAGCGCCUCCCAAAGCAUGACCUUCUCCAUGUGUGGUAGCCAGAGUGUGGGCGCCGCCAACACCGGCCUGCCCAUCUCCAGAUCACAGAACUUUGGGCCGAUGCAGGGGGGCUUAUUGCCGCAGCACAUGGGACUCCAGAAGCCCUCCCUCCCCCCCACAUGGUCGGACCCCAGUGUCAACAUCAGCUUGGACUUCCUGUCUCCUGGUAUGCAGUCGGCCAACUGUAAGCCAAGCCUCAAUAUGCUACAGCAAGAUCCCCUGCUUCCAGGAGUCCAGUCACCCAUCAACCUGGCUCAGAGUUUUGGAGGCCUGAAUAUGAACAUCCAGCCUACAGCCACACCCAUCAGACCGCCGACCAACCCCAUGAUGCCCGCCAGGGCCAUAGGCCUGGGCAUGCCUCCCACCAUGGCAACGGGUACCAUGGGAAUGGGAGGAAUGCCUGUCAAUCAGGGAAUCAUGGGAAUGAACCUGGGCGUGGCCCCCUCAGGCAUGGGCCUGCAAGGCACCCUGGGUAUGCCAGGAAUGGGCAUGGGGCAGCCCAUGGUCAGCACUGCCAUGGUGCAACCCAAACAAGAUGCCUUCGCAAACUUCGUCAACUUCGGGAAAUGAGAGCACUGAAGGAUUUGUGUUGAAGAGUAUGUCAGAAUACACCAUUUUGAAGGAAAAGCUCAUACUUGAAAAAUAUCUGAUGGUGUUGCCCUUCAAUCCCUACUUUUGAAAUAUACAGGUAACUGCCAAAACAAUGGAAACACUUAUAGUAAAUAUUGAAAGCAGGUGUGGUUCCUGAUUUUAAUUAAGCAAUUAACAUCCCAUCAUGCUUAGGGUCAUGUAUACAAAUGCUGAGCAAGCCAUUAUUUUGGCUACCAUGGCUAUGCACCCAUAGGAUGACAAUACCCUCAUCCACAGGGCAUGAGUGGUCACUGAAUGGUUUGCUGAGCAUAAAAACGAUGUGAACUAUAUGCCAUAGCCGAGUCACCAGAUCUCAACCCAAUGUAACACUUAUGAGAGAUUCUGGAGCAGUGCCUGAGACUGUUUUCCACCUCCAUCAACAAAAAUACCAAAUGAUGGAAUUUCUUGUGUAAGAAUGGUGUCACAUCCCUCCAAUAGUAUUCCAGACACUUGUAGAAUCUAUGCCAAGGUGCAUUGAAGCUGUUCUGGCUCUUAGUGGCCCAAUGCCCUAUUAAGACACUUUAUUGAGCUGUUUCCUUUAUUUUGCCAGUUACCUACGUAUACAGAACACAAAUAUAAAUGCAACAUGCAACCAUUUAAUUGAUUUGACUGAGUUAUAGUUCAUAUGAGGAAUUUAUAUACAUUCAUGAGGCCCUGGCUCACACAUGACUGGAAAUAAUAUGUUGGUCUCAAAUACCUCACAAUGUGCCUCAGGGUCUUGUCACGGUAUUUUCAAAUUGUCAUCCAUAAAAUGCAGUUGUGCUUGUUGUCCGUAGUUUAUGCCUGCCCGUACCAUAACCCCACCGCCACCAUGGGGCACUCUGAUCACAACGUUGACAUCGGCAAACCGCUCGCCCACACAACGCCAUACAUGUGGUCUGCGGUUGUGAGGCCGGUACGGACAUACUACCAAAUGAUCUAAAACGAUGUUGCAGGUCGGCUUAUGGUAGCGAAAUUAACAUUACAUUCUCUGGCAACAGCUCUGGUAGACAUUCCUGCAGUCAGCAUGCCAAUUUGCACUUUCCCUCAACUUGAGACAUCUGUGACAUUAUAUUGUGUGACAAAACUGCACAUUAUAGAGUGGCCUUUUAUUGUCCCCAGCACACGGUGCACCUGGUUAAUGAUCAUUCUGUUUAAUCAGCUUCUUGAUAUGCCACACCUGUCAGGUGGAUGGAUUAUCUUGGCAAAGGAGAAAUGCUCACUAACAGGGAUGUGAACAAAUUUGUGCACACAAUUUCAGAUAAAUACGUUUUUUUGUGCGUGUCGAACAUUUCUGGGAUCUUUAGUUUCAGUUCAUGAAACACGGGACCAACACUUUACAUGUUGCAUUUAUAUUUUUGUUCAGUGUAUGUACUGUAUAAAUCAAGAGUUUGAAUUUGUUUUGGGGGUAGGGGAGGGGGCUGUGGCUUAUCUAAUGUGAGAUUUUGUAAAUGGUUGAAGGCAUAUACAGUAUACUUUUGAAAGAAGGAGAAAGGCGUCUCUUCUACACCAGAUAAAAACAUGGUAGGCGUGUUACUUUGUCCCUUUUCUACCUUCAUGUUGUCAUCUCUCUGUUUCCAACCUGUCAUCAGAAUGUUCAGGAAUUACCUCACAUUUACCAUAAUUCAUUGACCAUAUGUAAAUAUAUUUUCGGUGUGCAAAAAAAUACAUUUUUGCGUUAUUGAUGACGUCUUGGACCGUAUGACGUGGAGAGCAAGCCUAAAGUACAAAGAAGUACCCCAAGUCCUUAAAUUCUUAAUUUUUUUUGUUGUGUUUUGAAGUCCAAAUACAUUUGAAUAUCUGAAACCUACAGUCUGUUACUGGUGCAUGUUUUAAGCUGAGCUUUCAAUGCCCUCGGUUCUAUUGCCUGUUCUACCAUCUUAAGAGGUUAAUCAUCAGAAUCGGCGUUAAGCAAAGCUGUUAACCACAAGCACCAGCUUCUGCUGUUGUGUCCCAAAUGGCACCCGGUUCCCAACACACUGAAUGUACAAGACCCCCCCUUUGCCCACAGAACAGCCUCAAUUCAUUGGGACAUAGACUCUACAAUGUGUCAAAAGUGUUCCACAGGGAUGCUGGCCCAUAUUGACUCCAAUGCUUUCCACAGUUGUGUCAAGUUGGCUGGAUGUCCUUUGGUUGGUGAACCAUUCUUGAUACACACGGGAAAAUGUUGAGCGUGAAAAACCCAGCAGCUUUGCAGCUCUUGACACUCAAACCAGUGCGCCUGGCACCUACUACCAUACCCUGUUCAAAUGCACUUCAAUAUUUUCUUGCCCAUUCACCCUCUGAAUGGCACACAUACACAAUCCAUGUCUCAAUUGUCUUAAAAAUCCUUCUUUAACCGGUCUCCGCCCCUUCAUCUACACUGAUUGAUUUGACGUGGAUUUUAACAAGUGUCAUCAAUAAGGGAUCGUAGCUUUCACCUGGUCAAUCUGUCAUGGAUAGAGCAGGUGUCCUUAAUGUUUUGUACACUCAGUGUCUAGUGCACUAUAAAGGGAUUCGAGUGCCAUUUGGGAUUCAUAUGCUUUUCCAUCCCAAUGUGAUCAUGUACAGUGGCAUUGGUAGUGUUACCCAGACAGAGGCUGUCCUCUCCUCCCUGCUAUAUGGUGCCUCACAGUGAAACCCAUGCCUUGUCUGUCAUGAGUAUGGUCACAGAGGCUGACACAAGAAUAAAUCACUAUUUAAUUGAGAUCCUUGAUCGUUCGAGUCCUUUUAAGCAUAUUCAUGGAUAUUAAGCCCAUAUAUGCCACAGCGUGGUAUGAAGUGUGUGUUGUGAAGUCAUUGUGGGGAGGUGUAUGAAUGUGUGGCCAUCCGGAGUGGCCUGUCAGGCCUGGUGGUGAUGGGGAACAAGGGUUUAAUGGGAAUGUGGAGAAGGGAGGGGGUACUAUUGACUUUGAUGAGUGAAACUGUCUGCAUCCCUGCCUAGCACUCUUAACGGCAGAGUGGGGACAGACCGAGAGAGAGAUAAGGCCUGGGCUGUGUCCCUCUGACCUGCCCAGUGGUACCCCUCAUCACUCUCCCUUCCACUGAAGGCUGAAAGCAGUGUUUCUUGCAUCUCUCUCCCAAAUGUGAAGGUUAUUUCAAAGGGUGUGUGUGUGUGUGUGUGUGUGUGUGUGUGUGUGUGUGUGAGAGAUUUCUCCAUUUGCUGCUGUGCACACAGACGCAAAAGAACACACCUUUCUGUCAUACUCCGAGGCAUUGUUUCAAAUGACCAAAUGUUUAUUUUAUUACUCAAGAUUAUUCCAUAGUGUUUGUAUAAUAUUACAUAUUCAAAUAUGAAACUGACUGUAAUAUGUUAAUUUACAUCAUGUUGAAUGAAUGGGAGAGUUACUAAAACCAUUAUUAGUUUAUGCAAAUAUGAAAAAUAGAAGGAUAAAACGGCUCUUUCAUAAGCUAGUUUCUUUACUUUUCAGUACAUAUUGUUUUGAUUGUACUAAACAAUAUUGUUAUGUAUUUCAAUAAACUCUUCAUUAAAUCAUGA